AUGGCUACAGGUGCAAAUGUUGACCAACAGCAGUAUGCACGUGUAUCGGAUAUUGUUAAAGAACCACAAAAGAUGCUCAUGCCAAUUCGAGGAUAUGAAAAAAUGCCACUAGUGACAUUGGAAGAAGCUGUUGCAUCACUUAUUUCGAUUUUACCUGAAAUUCAAGAUUAUGCUUAUGUUGCGAAACAAAGAUGUGAAUCCGUACCUCCCAAUGGUUUAACACAAGAUGAAUCAGCUUCAAUCAUGCUUUACUCAAUGGAAUGGAAACCACAUGACGAAUGUUUAUAUUUUGCCCUCAACGCAACUCUUCGCACUGAAGACAGGCGAAAACUAGAGCGAUGGUUUUCAUAUUUGAAACUUAUUCUCACAGCACUCGAAAAAUUACCGUCCAUACGACGCCAUGUGUUUCGUGGAGUGAAUUUAGAUCUAUCUAAUCAAUAUACUGAAGGAAAAACAUUUGUCUGGUGGGGGUUUUCUUCAUGUACAACAUCGAUAGGAGUACUCGAAAACGAACAAUUUCUAGACAAAACUGGUCAAAGAACACUUUUUACUAUCGAAUGUGAUAGUGGCAAAGAUAUCAGUCGUCAUUCGUAUUAUCAGUCGGAAAAAGAAGUUCUUCUUCUGGCUGCUCGACAAUUUAUUGUAGUAGGUUGUCUUCGACCAGCACCAGGCCUGCGCAUGAUUCAAUUAAAAGAAACAAAGCCUCCAAUUACUCUUUUACAACCAGCUACAAAACAAUCUGUGCAGACUAAAUCAACAUCGGAUUCUUAUCAACCUAAGCAUUCUACAGCUAGCACAGCGACUAUAUUAAAGAAUCCAGUAACACCAAAUGAAAUAUCAACUCAAUCUCAAAUAAAACAAAAACUAAUUCAAACAAAAAAGAAUAAAUAUCAACAAUCUGCAAUUACUGUUGCUGGAGGAAAUGGACAAGGAAAGGAAUUAAAUCAACUCGAUCAUCCUUAUGGGAUCUGUAUUGAUAAUGAUAAAUCGAUUUAUAUUGCUGAUUGUUGGAAUAAUCGUAUUGUUAAAUGGAAAUUGAAUUCAAAUACUGGUCAAAUCAUUGCAGGUGGAAAUGGAAAUGGAAAUGGAAAUCAAAAUAAUCAAUUGGAUCGGCCAACAAAUAUAAUUUUUAAUAAAAAAAAUAAUUCUUUUAUUAUUUCUGAUUCUGGAAACAAACGAGUAAUUCGAUGUUUUGAGCAAAAUCAAGCAAAUCAGCAAAUUAUUAUUUCAAAUAUUGAUUGUUCUCGUCUGACAAUCGAUAGAAAUGGAUUUAUUUAUGUUUCUGAUUAUAAGAAUCAUGAAGUAAGACGAUGUAGAGAAGGAGAUACAAAAGGUGAAUUAGUUGCAGGUAGAAAUGGUCAAGGAAAUCAUCUUAAUCAACUCAAUGGACCUACUUUUAUCUUUAUUGAUGAUGAUUAUUCUCUUUAUAUAUCAGAUCGUGAGAACCAUCGUGUAAUGAAAUGGAAAAAAGAUGCAAAAGAAGGAACUAUUGUUGCUGGUGGAAAUGGUGAAGGAAAUAGUCUCAAACAAUUGUCUUAUCCUCAAGGAGUGAUUGUUGAUCAUUUGGGCCAAAUCUAUGUGGCAGAUUCUUGGAAUGCACGAGUAAUGCGUUGGUGUGAAGGAGAUGCAGAAGGUGAAAUUGUCGUUGGUAGAAAUGGUGAAGGAAAUCAACCAAAUCAAUUAAAUGGUCCCGCAGGUUUAUCAUUUGAUAAUGAAGAAAAUCUUUAUGUUGUUGAUUGGGGAAAUCAACGAAUCCAAAAAUAUGAAAAACUUUGA